AUGGCGGUUGAUUGCCUUCCAUCUACCUUGAGUUGCAUUUCAUUCAAGGUUCCUCAUUUGACACACUGGCGCCUGGAGGGAGGUCUAGUUUUUGCAGGUUGCAUUUCAUUCAAGGUUCCCCAUUUGACACACUGGCACCUGGAGGGAGGUCUGGAGGGAUGUCUAGUGCUUGCAGGCACACUGCAUUGGGCAGGGAGGUCUAGUGCUUGCACCAGCAUGCCUAACCUCUGUGCUGUCCAACAUUUUGUAAUCUGGGGGCUUGGGGGGUGGUAUAAUCUGAGGGCUUGUGGGGUGGUAGUGUGCAUGCCGGAAUCUGAGGGCUUGGGGGGUGGUAGUGUGCACGCCGGGACAUCUAGCACACCUGAAUCUUUGUCAAGUUUUUUGUAUCCUGGUAAAGCUAAUCACAAGUCUGCUGUACAAGGCCAAGGCAGAGAGGGCCCCUCUGCUGAGGUCUUGUAUUAG